AUGACAAUUACUCGUGAAAAAAUCCGGUUUCAGCGCCCCCAAAUCCAACGGGAUCAUCCCCACCCCAUGCGCCCCAUCCACAAUACUCAGUAUCCCCUCCCUCCGACAAACACCCACCAGCCUCUCAAAUGGGAAUCGGACACCCGGAUUCGACACGAUCGUAUCGAACACAGCUGCCUGGACCUUUCCCCCCUCUUCUCUGACUUUACCAACAGCAUUCUCAAACCUUUCAACCAACUCCCCGUGACUCACCGGAAACGCAUACUCCACCCUCCGCAGCUUCAACCCCGGCCGUCUCUCCGCAAGCGAAACAAGCCCCUUCUCGACGGCGCCGUAGACAGUAGCAAAAUAGACGAUGACGUCUCCCUCCCCGAGCGGCAGAUUAUGCAAGACCGUGUCCACACCCGUCGUGGCGUUCUUGACGAACACGCAGGUACUGGUGGGCACAUUGAGGUAUUGUGCGAUUUGGCGACGGGAUUCGUCGAGCAGGGCGGGCUGCGUGCGCCGGAUGAAGGGGUCGGUUUGGGAUUCGGCGGCCGUUUGGUACUCGCGGAGGGUGUGUUGAAGGGUGCGGGGAUGGGUUCCGAAGGAGCCUGGUUGGGUUUUAGUAUUGUUCGAGAAGGGAAGGGAGGGGGAGGGGGGUUGACCGUGGUUGAGGUUCUUGUAGGCGGGGUCGAUGAGGAAGUGUUUGCGCAUGGGGUCGCCGAAGGGGGUGGGUGUGGGUGUGAGUGUGGGGGACAUUGCGGUAGUUUUGAAAAGUGGUGUCGUAUUGAGAGAGUAGUAUGGAGGAGUAGAUGA